CCAGCCGCAGCGGGGUCGCGGAAUCACAUGAUAUAACUAAGCUGGCUAACGAGCUAACAUGCUAGCUUCGGUUGUCAAAGCAGCUGUCAACAGCCACGAACCGACGGAGUAGCCUACCCUAACUAACAAGUAGUCGGAAAGUCGUGAAGUCUCUGAAAGGGACUUCUUUCCUACUCGCUCUCCUCAAGAUAUCGAGUCAUUAAGCUUCUGCCCAAUAAGUCGCAGGGGUUUUGGCAUCCUCAAGGCUCAUCAGGCAAGCAAGUCCUCCAUCAGCUCAGGGUUAUUGACAGACUGAGGUUGUGGACUCACAUGGGCAAGAUGGAUAGACGAUAAAUAAGACAUCAACUUCAGAGGUAAGGUAAACGUUGAUUUCGUAAUGACAAGCUGCUGUGCAGAAGAUGUCCACGCUGUCUGUGACUGAUAUCCCAGAUGUUGGUCAUGAUGAGAGUAAGGUGUUGGACAGGGCCUCUGAGCUGCAGCUGGACUGCUUGGUUGAGGAGAGCAGUGGAAGCACCACAAUGAAGCAUGAAGGCCUGCUGUCGCUGGCUGACCUCUCCCACCCAGAUGACUUCCCCGUCCUCCCUCAUAAUGGCCCUUCACUGACUGAGAUGAGCAGCCCUCUUCCGAUAGAGCCAAAUGACAUUAAGCUGGAUCCAGCUGCAGGUGACACAUCUGCCAGCAUAGAUGGUCAGCCAGUGAAGAGAAAGAAGGGGCCUGCUCCAAAGAUGCUUGGCAAUGAGGUGUGCAGUGUAUGUGGUGACAAGGCCUCUGGUUUCCAUUACAAUGUGUUGAGCUGUGAGGGCUGCAAGGGCUUCUUUCGUCGCAGCGUCAUUAAAAGUGCCCAGUACUCCUGCAAAAACAACGGCCGCUGUGAAAUGGACAUGUACAUGCGGCGCAAGUGCCAGCAGUGCCGCCUGCGCAAGUGUCGGGAGGCAGGCAUGCUGGAGCAGUGUGUGCUCUCUGAGGAACAAAUCAGACUGAAGAAGAUGAAGAAGCAGCACGAGGAGGAAACGGCCCGCACGUCCACAGUGGUCACGCCCACCCCUCCACAGGAAGCAGCCCCACUGGAUCCACAGCAGCAGGAGAUGAUUGAGAAGCUGGUCGCCAUGCAGAAGCAAUGCAACAAGAGGUCUUUCCUUGACCGACCAAAAGUGACACCGUGGCCACAGAGUCAGGACUUGCAGAACCGAGAGGUGCGUCAGCAGCGGUUCGCCCACUUCACUGAGCUAGCAAUCAUGUCAGUCCAGGAGAUUGUGGAUUUUGCUAAGCAGCUUCCUGGUUUCCUGGAGCUCACAAGAGAGGACCAGAUUGCUCUACUGAAGACGUCUACCAUUGAGAUUAUGCUGCUCGAGACAUCUCGGCGGUAUAACCCUGCUAUCGAUAGCAUUACAUUUCUGAAGGAUUUCAGCUAUAAUAAGGAGGAUUUUGCCAAAGCAGGGCUUCAGUUUGAGUUCAUUAACCCCAUCUUUGAGUUUUCAAAAGGAAUGAACGACCUGCAUCUGGAUGAGGCCGAAUAUGCCCUGCUCAUCGCCAUAAACAUCUUUUCUGCAGAUCGGCCAAAUGUGCAGGAUCAUGAUCUGGUGGAGAGGCUGCAGCAGCCCUAUGUGGAUGCACUUCGUUCUUACAUCAUGAUAAAGAGACCAAAUGAUCACUUGAUGUUUCCCCGUAUGCUGAUGAAGCUAGUGAGUCUUCGUACGCUAAGUAGUGUCCACUCGGAGCAGGUUUUCGCCCUUCGCCUCCAGGACAAGAAGCUUCCCCCGCUGCUCUCUGAAAUCUGGGACGUCAAUGAGUGACUACAAACAUGAUGUCGCACUCUGUGGCUUUAUGAAUCCUGAGACAGACACGGCAUCCAGCAGGAACACUGACUCCUUUCUGCCCAUCUGGUCAGGGAUUGGUUAUAGGGUUGAGAUUUUUUUUUCUGGUGGGACGAGAGCAUCAUUGCCGUUUGCUCUCAAACAGACUGCUAAAUGGUUUUGUGUUCAUAAGGACAAACAUGAACACCUAGUUUUCUUGGAGCCUUUUGUUGUUCUUUUUGUGUAGAUGCUGACAUGAUUAUGGCGAUAUUAAAUACCAGCAUCAGGCUCUUUAGCCAGUUAUCUCUGAUUUAAUAUUUGUUGAAAGUUAUGUCAAUCUCUAGUGCAGUUCUAUACUCAUCCUCUAACAAUUCUAAUCAGAAAGUUCUGAGCAGGUCUUGGCUGUGGCUGUCUGAAAUGUCAGGAUUACAGCUGCGCAUUCAGUUGAAAUAGUGAUUUUUGCAGUCGUGCAAUAGAUGGAAAUGGAUACAAGCAUGAGCAGACCCAUAUCUGCUGUUUGCUUUAUUGAUGUUAGGGUAAAAUGAUAGGCCAUCUGGUUGGUAUUGUGCAUUGUGAUAUGGUAACAAAUAGUUUGUUCCUUUUGGAGUAAGUGCAGAAAUUAAAAGGUUGGUGUAGUCGCUCAGGUAAAGUAAUGUGAAGUAGACCUCUGGGAAUUGGAGGCUUCUUUAAUUUCUAUUCGAUUACUUUAGUUUUCCUCCAAGUGCAUAAGGGACCCUUUUGGUCAUUUAUAGAUGCCCAUUAACUUUCAUGUAAAUUGUAUAUUUAUUUUCACAGGAAAAAUGUAUAGAGUGCACACAUGAAAGUAUCCACAAGAUUGUACAAUCACAUACUAACGCACAAGAAAGUAAACCUCUGCAGGUGACUGGCAGGCUGCGCCCUCAUUUACAGGAAAUGGUGAUUCUACUAAAUCUUUUUUCUUUUUCUUUUUUUUUUUACUCCGAGCACUGGUACCUUGAAAAAGGUAAUACUAAUGUGUCUUCAAAUUCCUUGUAAUGAUUAAGAUGUUGUUUAAAAAAAGGAAGUCAAGCUAUCAUCUCUGUGACCCUUGUUUCAAAUGAAUAAAAAACAUCCUGAUAAAGUUGUAUUCAUAAAUCAAAAUAGAAAGGGUUGCCUCUAUUAACACCUUAUUUGUCAUUAUGUGUAUGUGAGUUGUACUUUUAUUCAUUUCAACAGUUAUGUUCAUAUUCUGAUUUGGGUUUUUUUUUAUGACAGGCAUUUCAAGGUGAGAGAAAUGUACAACCAACAUACAUACAGGAUACAGAGAAUUUUACAGCCUUUUUAUUUUUGAUAAUAUACUGUAUGAAUGAUACUGAGGAAAAAAUGUAUAGUUGAAUAUCUGGUGGAAAACUAGCUUGAUCUAAAGGUCUACCAUAGUCUUGAGUAUCUUCCUUGAGGGGGUACUCAACAUCAGCAGCUUUAACUGGUCAGAUUCUGGAAAGCCUUGCUAAAAACUGUACCAAAAUCUAUAUUAACAGGGAGCAGAGAACAACAGGAAAUGAAUAGAAAUGUUAAAUAUUUACGUUAUAAUAAACUUUAUAACUACAGAGAUUUAGAUGUUUAUAUUCAUGCUGUGUUUUCCAUGCAUUCUCCUGUGCAGUGUUAGCUUGAAAUGAGUAACGGAUGAUAAAAGAAUGUCAAUGCAAAUUCAUGUGAAGUUUAUUCUCUCUUCAUGCUGGACGACAUAAUGCCGUCGCAGCCCGUUUUUGAAGUGACAGUAAAUUCAUUAGCUCUCUGUACCAUUUACAGGCAUCACCAUUAGACUUGCAUAACCAUAGAUGCAAAAUGCUGUUUGCUCUGACCUGACACAAAUGGUUUCAACCAGUUCAGCUUUUCACCGCUGGUAUGAGGUGCCAGUUAAAAUUGGGCAUUAUACAUUAUUGUAAUACUUUUUUCAGCUGCAAUUUCUUGUGGCUUUUAAUUAAUAAAAGUUGCAUUUAACUGCUAACAUGUUACAGCUAAGAUGUGACAUUGAUUCGUCACAUAAGAACAGGGUGACGUCCUUCUCAAUUAUACAAACAGGCACGGCUGGUUUUGACUUGUUCCGAAUUAGAUAAUCUUGUCCAAAAGCAUUUGGUAAUGGAUCUUAUGUGUUUUGAUCAUUUGAAUUUCAAUGUUAACUUGUUUUUUAUGUGUCUGUAUUGCAUGAUGUUUUUUGUUAAAUUAAUGACCUAUCAUAUAUCUCCCAGAUGGUCAAAUCAUGUUUUAUUUUAAAAUAGGCCUUUUCCACAGCAGACUUUUUGACUUGUCACAGUAGAAAAAGCACACCUUUUACUAAAAUCAUUAACAAUAGCUCCGUUAUAUUCAAGUGUCCCAGUAAACCAUGUAGACAGUGAGCCAGCGUGCAUAAUAGCCGGACCCUGAAACCAAAGCAGCUAAAUGGAGUUCAGUCAUCAUUAUUUGGGUUAUUUACACCUGUGCUUUUCCUACUGUGACAUGUUAAAAUGUCCUACAUGAAAAAGAUUGAUUGUAUAUUCCUGUCCAUUGCACAAGACAAGAGCAUUUGCCUCUGAAACCUAGUCUUAACAGAUCAAGGGAAUACUACAGUACUUACUAGUACAACUCCAAUAAUGGUGAAAGCAUAAAUUGAAUUAGGCUGUGUUUGCCAUUCAAUUCAUCUAUGAUUUAUAAAAUUUAUUUUUAUGUUUCAUUCUGUUGAUAAAAUGAUCUGAUGGCUAAUUGGGUCAGUAGACCAUAAUUCACUGCUUCUGCCUGGUGCAUCUGCAUCUUUAACCCAGCUGGGUGAAAACUGGUUGACUCUGAUUUUAAAGAUUUGCCUCUCACACCAUAAAAUAAUUGUAAAUUGUAAAUGGGCAAAAUGCAGUGAGCUCCACCUAUUGGUUGGUUGAAUAAACACAAACAAAUGGAUGUUUUCCUUCCACAUUCUUUAUUGUAUUAACAGUGGUAUGCUCUUGAGCCUGCAGAAUCAUCACAGAAACAAAGAGUAUUUUUUAUUCCUUUCCCCCAACAGUUGCAUGGGAAAACACCUGGCAAAAGUCCAGUUAUACAAGACAAUAUGAAGUUUCAUUCCCAGCUUUAGCUGUGUUGUGCUACAGUGCAAUGAGAUAACUUCUGUUAUGAAUUGGCACUAUAUAAAAAAAAUUAAAAAAAAUAAAUUGAAAGCUGCCUGAAUUAAAUGUCAAACUUCAUCAGUAAACUUAAUUACGCUGUAAGAAUAAAAGAAGAAUUUCCUGAGGCACGCUUUUUUGUUCAGCAGGAACACAAAGACAAGUCAAUGGUGUCUGGGUAUUUUCUGACCACGGAUUGUAUCAAGCCUUUUGUCUUCCCUCUCAGAAUUUGAUUUACUUUCAAUUGAUGCUCUAAAAAUGGGAACAUAACAUUUUUGUUAGAGAUUUAAUUUUUUUAUUUUUUACAUCCUAACCCUUUAGUAAUGUAUUAAAUGGUUUUCUUUUUGACGGAUGGAUCAAUAUUAAAAGAAGCAGAUUAAAGUGGGAGUGUGCAGCAUUUUGAAACCAUACCAGUGAUUUGUUUCAGUUGGCUAUGCAAAACUUUCUUUUGGGUUGCUUUGCAAUGAAAUGUGAGGUUUUCUUCUGGUUUUUGGUUCGCUGCUACUUGCAGGGUGUCUGUAGCCAAACACUAACCAUUAAGUUAAAAAGUAGCCUCUGUAAUAUUGGGGUGAAAUUUCCACCGUGCCGCAGUCGAAUCCCAGUGGAAUUUGAUGAAACUGAAUUUAGUUUCUCAUGGUGUGCUGUACUCUGAUCAAAUGAGCAAAAAAGCAUGUUGUCGGCUCUUAAAUCUUUGUUUCUUAGUGUACAUGUUACGCUAAUGCUGUAGGUAUCAAGGUUAAUUGUACUGUAUAUACUGUAAUUGUCAUCUCUGAUCUCAUUUAAUUCCUGUCUUCAAAGGGUGACACUGUAAACAUUAUUGAUAUAUAGAAAUGCAAACCUAUUUUAAUACUUGUAACUCCUGAAGACCUUUUGUUUUCUAUGUACAGUAUAAAUUAAAGCUAUGCUGUAGCGCUGA